UUCUGUGUGGCUCCAGAAGAAUUGUAUCAUCAAGCUAACAUGAAAGACACUGAAACACGUGGUGAACUGAGUGCCAAGCAUGAGUUAUUCCCCCUUCACAAAAAUGCUGACUCGGAGAAUGAUACAGUUGAAUCAAAUGGGAAGAAGAUACAAGAAGAAGAAGAAGUCUACAACAAUGAGGCCGUGGGCAGAGCAACAUCAUUUUUACAAGAACUCAAACACAGCAAAGACACAAGGUUCAAGUUCAUCCUGAGCAUAUGUGUUUCCAUGGCAUUCAACAUAUUGGGAUGGACGAAAGGACAACUUGGACCAGCAUUUGUUGAUCUUUUAGUCAUUUCCGGAUGUGACGUCGAAAAAGGAUCCUUCUUCAUGACUUCUUACUUCACUGGUCGCGUGAUUGGUCCAAUAUUGGCAGGGAUACUAUCUACAAAGAUAAAUCGAUACAUGUUGUUGGUGUUGUCUUUACUGGCAAAUGCUUCAACUGUUGUUGCCAUACCGUGGUGUUUCAAUUUUUACUUGAUGAUGGCAGCGCAUGUCCUUCAUGGGAUGUUCGGCGGCGUGCUUUUAGUAGUAGUGACUAAGGAAGCAGUUUCCAUUUGGGGACCAACGACAAGAGGGCGCUCUUAUCUUCAAAUAAUAAAUGCAAUUUUCGCUAUUUCUGCAUUUCUCGCUCCGAUGGCUACAGCACCAUUUCUAGUUCAAACGCCCGAGGAUCCCACCCCACAUCAAAACUCAAGUACUAACUUUACAAUUACUUAUCAUGACGUCAUUCCUACGACGUCAUAUCAAAUUGUUGAUAAUAUGACUUGGAACCAGAUGAACGUUACACUUCCAACCCCAAAGUCGAGACUUUUUAUUGCGUAUUCGAUUUCGGGUGGACUUGCCAUUUUAGCUGCAUUUCCGUUCGUUGCUAUGUAUACCAUUUCCACUGGAACUUCAACACAUCUUGUUAGUGACAAAAAAAUGAAUUUCCUCGGCAAUCUUCCUAAGAUUGUAAAAUAUCUUCAAUUCCUUAAUAUUGGUAUUUAUUCCGGUGUGUUGACAGCCGGUGAUUUCAUUUUCAGCGGAUAUUUAACCGUGUUUUGCGUUCAGUAUCUACACUGGUCAAAAACUUCCGGUUCUUUUUUAACUUCGACGUACUUUUUUGCCAAAUUUAGUGCCAGAUGUUGUGGUGUAUUCUUAGUUCGUGUAAUGCAAUCCCAGUCGAUUUUAUUGACAUUUGUGCUAUUGUCUACUCUCGGGUUUGUCGGAAUGUUAAUAAGUGCAUAUCUAAAUUUAGAAGUUGGUUUAUGGAUUUCUACAUUUACAAUUGGUUUCACGGCAGGAGUUGCAUGGCCGACAUUCAUCAGUUGGACAAACGAACAUUUCAUUUCCAUGAACGCAAAAGUAUCAGCUUACAUCAUGUCUACAGCAUUUAUUACUCUCCUAAUUAGCCCCGUGUUAUGUGGAUACCUGAUGGAGGAAGUUUCUAUGAUGUGGUUUCUAUGGUUAUGCACAUGCAAAUCCCUUGUAAAUGUCGUUAACGUAUUAUUUAUAUUUUUCUACACACGUGCUGCAAAAAAACGUGCAAGCUAAUGUUAGAUGAUUUUUUAUAAUGUUCUUGUACAAGGUUUAUAUUGCCAUUGCACGAUAACAUAGUGAAAACAUGAAGUCAGUAUGUAAUUAUAUC